AUGCUCGGCUUUUCCCUUCGAAAUCGCAGGUCUUUCUACCUCUUAUUAGCCUGCGCAGCGAUCUCGAUAUGCUGUCUCAACCUCCUCUACCUCACAGACGCUGUCGACGAUUCCAUCAUCAGACUCCCUAAUUUCGACCUUUUCACUGCAACUACGAGCCCCGUGAUCGGCCAAUUUGCGAACGAUGAACACCCUAUCGCCGACCUCAUGGGAGAGGCCAACCAGAAAUGGUUGGCAUAUGACAGUGAUCGGUCGAUGAGUUUCCGCCAGACGGUCGCUAAAUACCGUGAAACCCACGGGCGACACCCACCUCCCGGCUUCAAGGAAUGGUACAUCUUUGCACGCAAAAAGAAUGUACGCAACGUGGACGACUUCCAGCAGAUCACAGGCGAUUUGCGGCCUUUCUGGGCGGUUCCUCCGGCGGAAAUUCGACAAAUGGCAGCUAAGCUACAGACCAGCGACGGCAUUGCAGGAUUGCAAAUUCGCAACAAGAAGGUUGUCUACUCUCCGAUCGAAGGUUGGAGAAUCGAGACGCUGAGGAAGUCAAUGAAACGGAUUGCCCGGUAUCUGCCGGACAUGGACAUUGCGCUCAACAUCAUGGACCAGCCACGAGUCAUGGUGUCAUUUGAAGACAACCAGGAAUAUCUCCGCACCGAAGCCAUCACCAGAAGCUUGCCCAUCGAUGCCAAGGAUCAAUUUACCUCGGGCAUGGAGCAUCUCUAUGAAGCGGAUUCUACUGUCGCCGAUAGCGUUGACCCAUCUUGGUUCUCGAUCGCUGGGAAGCCCUAUAUGGACUACGCCAAAGAGUCCUGUGACCCUAGCUCUCCCGCUCGCAGUGACAAUUUUACUGCAGACGAUGCCAACCGACUAUACAAGUCGUCAUCCGGUGGAUUCAUAUCUAAUUUCACCGCUGCCUCCGACCUAUGCACCGUCGGCCCCGUCCUCGGGGACAAACACGGGUUCUUGUUUUCAGCAUCCAGCAAUCUCAUCACAAGGAAACUGAUCCCAGUUUUCAGCGAGUGCAAGGUCAGCGUGAACAACGACAUCCUUUUCCCUGCCAAUAUGUAUUUCCUGUUCGACAAGCGAUACACGUACAACUCGCGACAUGACUACGAGUGGGACGACAAGGCAGAUUCUCUCCUCUGGCGCGGCGUCACUUCCGGCGGUGUCCAGCUUGCAGAUAACUGGCAGCAGAUGCACCGCCAACGAUUCGUGCACAUUACAAACAGUACAGAGAUGAGAUCAGAGACGGUCUCCAUUCUCUCGGAAACGAGCAUGGGCCGUUAUCGGAACUACUCCAAUUUCUACCCUGACAAAUUCUCUUCGGACCACUUCGAUGUUGGCUUCACCGAGGCUUUGGGCUGUAUACCGAACUGUUCCUUCUACGACAACAUCCUGACGUUCAAACCGGCCGAGGCGUUCAGCCGGCAAUUCAAAACGAAAUACCUCGUCGACAUCGACGGACACAGUUUCUCCGGUCGCUGGCGUGCCUUUUUGCUUAGCAAAUCCCUAGGGAUCAAAGCUACUAUUUUCCGAGAAUGGCACGAUUCACGGCUCUUCGCCUGGCGCCACUUUGUUCCUAUGGAUAAUCGAUAUGAUGAUCUGUACGGGUUGAUGACUUACUUCCUUGGUGUGGAUCCGCAAACAUCACCCGAUGAUGCAUUCACGAUCAGCGAGCCUUAUAUCCAGAGUCAUGACUUUGAGGCCAAGGUGCUUGCAUCACAGGGCCGGGAGUGGGCCCAGCAUGCGCUGCGCAGCGAAGAUCUGGAUAUCUACCUCUAUCUUCUGCUUCUCGAGUACGGGCGAAUCAUUGAUGAUAACCGCGAUAGCAUUGGGUAUAGUGGCGAUGGAAGUGAGCUGGACCAGUUCGAUGAGGUAUACCCUUUUCCUCCGGCUAUAGUUGAUCUGGUCAAUCCUCCUCUGGGCAUGAAUCAGCAAUGA